AUGGAGAGCAAGUCUGAGGAGAGAGAGGUCACGGCGGGGUUGUUGAGCAAUAACCGCUUCGCUGUUCUUCCUCCCAAAGAACCUGCACCUGGUAUACAAGAAGAGCGGGCAUUUACGAUACCUUUGGACCCUAGCCCUCACCACGAGAGACCUAUUACACUACCCCUUCAGACUGACAUUCCUCCUACCGGCCAAUCAUCAUCGAGCGAAAAGAUCAAGGACAAAUCCCUGGCACCAACCUCUCUUACUACUCCUCGCCCUAAUAGACCGUCAAUACCAAGGCUUGCUCCCCAUACACCCGCAAAGUCAACACGUAUAGAGCGGAACCAGCAGCCCUCAGCUCCCGCAGCCGCAAGCAUCUCGCCCACCAAGCCACAAGCACAGCUCUCGCCGCUGGUUCUCCAAACCGAAGCCCAGUCCGGUCGAUCUUCCAGACCACCCUCCGCCUCCGCCUCCGCCCGCAUCUCACCUGACUUCGACACGGGAGAUCCAUAUCUGUCGCUCCUAGCUCCACAACCUGCGCCGGCCCUUCCGUCACCCCCAAUUCCGCAAGAUCCGCUCCCAGAUCCUAGUCUGGCCACUCUUCCCAUACAUCCAUCUCUUGACUUCAGAUUUUUUACCAGCCCCAAAUCUUCCGGACCUAAACCCCCUCAACUCGCACCUCCGAUACCGACCAGCAUUGACAUCUUUCGUAGCGAUGAUCCAAUGCGCCGCAUCGUCAGGACUAGGAGCGGCAAAAUUUUCUGCAUUGCGGCUGAGAUUGCAGCGGCUAAUAAGAAGAGUACCAUGAGGCCUGUUGGCCACGUUCUAGUCCCAGGAACCACAAAGAAGGUUGACGAGGUAAAGGGAGGAAUUGACAGAAAGAAGUCGGAUUGUAGAAGCGGAGAGUACGUGGACUCACCGGAGGAGAUGGAGGACGAGAGCGAGGAGGAGGGAGGAGAGGGAGAGGAGUGGCUAGGGAAGGAGGAGGGAUUUACCCAAGGAUCCGUCCUACGAGAGAAUGCUGACUCUGAAAUGGUGUAG